UCGAUCGUGCCAUGAGUCCAGCUCAGUCAGAAGAUUCGGGAUUAGCUCCCGAAAGAGGCACAACAUAUGCCACAAUAACAUUACCGCGUGAUAACUCCACAAAUAUGGCAAUAACAUUGGCUGAACGCAACGACCUGUCGUAUCCACCUGUUAUUGCUGCCCUGAGUCCACUGGGUCAUGCUGCCGAUUUCCUAGCACCUGGAGAUCGUCUACAUCAAAUCGAUGGCAUUUCAACAAUUGGGUUAACAAAUCAACACAUAAUGAGCAUGCUGUGCGGUGGUGGCACAGCAGAUGGUCCUGCCGUCGUCGAAAUUGAAUAUUCCCUGCCCGAAUACAUUUCCCAAAAUAGCCUUUGUGUAACAUCGAAGUUGGCUCAAAUAACAGUGGAACGUGAAAGCGGUUGUCUGGGUCUAACAUUGCGCGGUGGUGCUGAUUAUCCUCUAAUUGUAACACAUGUGCGGCCACAUGGUCCGGUCUAUAAGACGGGAAGGAUAAAGCCAGGAGAUCGUUUGCUGCGGGUGGAUAAUGUUUCCCUGAUUGGCAAGACUUUGGCCGAGGCCCAACAGAUUAUCAAAUGUGGUGGUCACAUAUCGGGCUAUACAAAUCUGACCAUUGAAUAUGAUGUUUCGGUGGUACAAAGUGUUGAAUUCUCAAUGGGUCCAUUGUUGAUUGAAAUCGAACGUCCUAUGAAUGAUAAAUUAGGUUUGGUAUUGUGUAACUACAAUUCGGCAGCUGCCGGCCUUACGGAUCAUACAAAAAUCGAUGAAGUUAGUUCGGCGGGUGUAUAUAUUGCCAGUAUUUUGCCAGCGAGCAUAGCUGAUCGAUGCGGUGCUCUUUCUGUUGGCGAUCAAGUACUUUCCAUUGACGAUAUUAGUAUCGAAAAUUCUUCGUAUACACCGGAUGAGGUAAUGACAAUUUUGGAUACCAGUUCGGGACGUGGUUAUACACAAAUGCAAAUAAUGCCUGCCCAUGCAUUGGCACGAAGAGGUCAUGCCGCCUUGAAUAGUCCAAAAUACGGUUUCAACACUUUAGAAUCACGAAAAUCUCGUCAGCGUCAACGUUUCACGCGUAAAAGUUCUUUGCCUUUGGAAACGACAACGGGAGUGGGUGGAGGAGGAGGCGGCGGCGGAACGAAUACGAACUGUGCAGCAAGUGCGGCCAGCAGCAGUGGUGCUGGUAGUAUCAGCGUGCCCAGCAGCGGCAGUGUUAGUGGCAGCAGUCUAGGUGCCAGUGCCACCACGAGCAACAGCAGCACAACUUCCGGUCUCCAUCAUUCGUCCAGCAUGGGCAUCUGUCGGGCCGAAACAUUUCCGGUUCUUUUGGACUGCAGCAUGGGUUCCGGUUUGGUUUUGGGUGCCCAAACACCCUGUGGCCGUGCGGUAACAAUAUCGAAAAUUGUACCCGAUUCUGUGGCCGAUCGUUGUGGUUGCAUCCAAAAGGGCGAUCGCAUUGUGGCCAUAAAUAAAAUGUACAACCUUGAUGUGCAGACAAUGCGUCAGCUUUUGGGUGAUUUGGGUUCCCGUCCACCACACAGUCCUGCCAAUUGGCUGGAACUCGAAAUAGAAUUUGAUAUGCCGGAUACAGUGGUGCCCUCUAGCGGGGUAUUCAAUGUAAAAGUAUUACGCCUAGGCAAGGCGGGCUUGGGUCUAAGCAUCAAUGGUUCUAGUCAUGGUGGAUUUGUUAUUUCCGAUGUUAAACCUGGCAGUCCUGCUCAUCGUACUGGGUCCCUAAGAUCCGGUGAUAUACUUCUGGCCGUCGACAAUCACCCCGUUCAACAUUUCAAUGUUGAUUCUCUACUCAAAGAUGGUUCCCAAGGUGAUUUUUCCACCUUGACCGUAAAGCGAGUUAUGCUACCCGACUUCCUAUUCGAUGCCCAACAAAAAAUGCCCAAUCACAUUUACAGUAAUUGCCCAAGUAGUCCCACCACCGAACAUGAUCUGUAUAGCAGUGCCUAUGUGGCGAAUAAAUAUGCCGAAAUGAAAUAUCAAAGCGAUUGUCUAUCGAUGAAAUCGAGUACACCACAACCGGAAUAUUUUCGUGGUCCCACAUUGGAGGAUAACACCAUGACAUCGGUACAGAUACGCCACCAUUUGGCGGCGCCCAAUUGGGGUACCAUGGGCCGUUCGUUUAAUCAAAACACACAAAGUCUGACCACAGAGUUGCCAGAUGAUGAAAAUUCGUAUAAUGAAUUUGGAGGUGGUUAUGAUUUGGAUCGUUAUGUUAGUGCUGACUGUACUAAUCUACCUCCACCAAUGGAGAAUAAAGUCUAUGGUUCAGCGGCUAGUUCCAGCAGUAAAAGCAGCGGCACCAGUUUACAUCAAAUUAUUUUCACCGUCCGCUUGGAACCCAAGGGUGGUCUGCUGGGUAUAACCUUGGCUGGCAGUGAGGAUAUUUCAAAGCCCAUAACCAUUAGUGGUAUUGUUGAAGGUGGUAUUGCCCACAAAAAUGGACAAAUCCUUGUUGGCGAUCAAUUAUUGGCCAUCAAUGCUGAAUCGGUGCAAGGUAUGCCCCUGUCACAUGCCACAAAUCUGCUGCAAAAUCUUGGUGAUAUUGUUGAUUUGAAAAUUUUGCGGAUGCAUGAUGUUCAAAAUAGUUAUGGUUCGACGCUGGAAACAAAUAAUAUGCCACAACCCCAAGCCAUAUAUGCCAAAGUGCAACGACGGCCAAGAAGUCCUUCAACAAAUACCGAUAAUGGUUCCAAUAGUGGUUCCAGUAGCGGCAAGGCUGAAAAACAAAGAAUAUUCCAUGUUACUCUUUUCAAAGAUAAGGUGUAUGAUGAUUAUGGCUUUUCCGUAUCGGAUGGUCUUUAUGAACGUGGGGUGUUUAUAAAUCGUAUACGUUCGGGUGGACCGGCAGAUAAAUGUGGAAUGCUAAAGCCAUUCGAUAGAAUUAUGCAGGUUAAUGAAAUGAAAACCCAAGAUUUCGAUUGCUGCCUCACAGUUCCAUUGAUUGCUGCCGCUGGCGAUAAAAUCGAAAUGAUCAUCCAAAGAACGGAAUAG